AUGUUAAAUCCCAGAGUCUCGUUUGUUAGGGUCUCACUGCUACGACACUCCGCCAUUGAUCGUCGCCUUCUGUGCUAGUCCGAACCUUCGAGGUUUUUGGAUAACUGUGAUAUUGGAGUUUCAGCCAAGAUGCAAAACGAUGAGGGGAAAAACAUGGAUCUUUACAUUCCAAGGAAAUGCUCUGCUACAAAUAGGCUCAUUACUUCGAAGGACCAUGCAUCUGUACAGAUUAAUGUUGGACAUUUGGAUGAAAAUGGCAUGUACAAUGGUCACUUUAGCACCUUUGCUCUUUGCGGUUUUAUCAGAGCUCAGGGAGAUGCUGAUAGUGCACUCGAUCGUCUGUGGCAGAAGAAAAGAGUGGAAGCCCAGCAACAGUAGAAGCAUGAUUAUUUCCACAUGCGUUUUGCCAUUUAAGACAACUUUCUUGGCUGUUGGCAGAAUGACUGGAUUCUUUUUGUUAAGUAGCUGAAAUUGACCCACAAUACUUCAUCCUUCCUACUCUUAAUUCUUUGGAUGGUUUACAUUCCUUUUUCUCUGUUUUGUUUUUUUCAUCCUUUUUAAAGAUUUUAUCCCCUUCUCUGAGGGAGUGUUAGUUUAAUCACUGAUGCUAGUAGACAUUGCUGUUUUGAUUUUUGACAUGGCACCAUCAUCAGAACAAGCUAGUAGAAUGGUUGAAUAAUAUUAUCAAAACCUUAGUAGGUGGCAAA